AUGGGUACUGGGCUCCUUCAGACGAAGCCCGCGGCCUUGGCGUUGGAGAAAACCGGUUUUGAGGAAUCCAUGCUGAAGGCCAUGGGGAAGCUGGAGGAGGAGCUCAAGGAUCUCAAGGCCAAAGACACUGGCCUCGUCGAGGAGCUGGCGGAGCUCAAGAACGAAGACGCCGGACUCAAGGAGGAGCUCGCACGCCUCGAGAGCUCGCAGAGCCGAGGCGACACCGCUCUGGCGGAGGUGCCCCCAACGACCAGGGGCCGUCCGGAUCUUCCUGGGAUCUUCGCCCAGCACCAAAACGCCAGCGAGCGCAGAAGCAGCUGCAAGAAGGCCCAAGGCCCUCCUCUCACCAGCCUCGUUGGGGGGAACAUCUCUGACGCUUCGAAGCUGAAGACGAAGAAGGUGGAGGGCGUCUUCCACAUCGUGACCGGCAAGAAAUGUCGGGGCACUCCCUUCACGAACGACCGGGAUGCCAGCUGUGAUGGCUUCACCGGCCUGUCUGUGGAACAGUGUCAGAAGAAGUGUGCUGACAGCGAGAAAGCGCCCAACUGCCCUCAAAAGACCUGCGGCGGAGCCGUCUCCUUCGAGUCGGGUUGGUGCCACUUUUGGGAGGAGUGCUCUGAAUCUGAGCUGGUGGAUAACAGCGCGGCUACUGCGAUUAUUCCGAAGGCCGGCUGCCCGCGCGGAGAGGUGAAGCUCUUUGAUUUUCAGCCGGGCGGAGCCACACAAAGCUGCUGCAAGCAGGCCUCUCCGGGCAGUUCAGAUCAAAGGGUCGCCGAGGCUUGUGCUGGUUGCGCCUACUUCUCGGGAAAUUCCUGCCAGCGUUGUGCCGGUGGCUUCAUCGAACGUGAAGGCCAAUGCACAGCCUGCACCAGUUCCGGCGGCUGGCUCAGCUUGGACGGGAAAUCGUGCAUGCAGCUGGCGUCGAGCGAAUGCAACGAUGAAAAAGUACGGGGCCAAUCGAGCAACGAGGCUUGCUGCCAGUGCGGUGGUGGGGUCGUUACGCCGACGCCCUUCUCCUAUCCCAACAGGCGCUGGUCCCUGGACUCGGACAUUGUCAUGAAGCCCGAGCCCCGCACGGCCCUGCGCUACACCGUGGACUCGAAGUGUGAGCUUGCGGCACAUAACCUGACCAUCGACAGCUCCACAGGAGGGUUUUGGGCAAUUUCGGGUGCUUUGUUGCAGAUUGUAGGGCUUCAGGUUCGGGGGUUGGGAUGUAGGCUUCAGAGCUGA